AACUUUUGAGCCACCCACCCACCCACCCAGUCUUCUGUUCAAAGAUAGCACAUAUCAGCUGCUACCUUGUAAAGGAGGAGGUUGAGAGGGAGAGAGAGGAGAGCACAUAAUCAGAUAGUAUGGAGGUUGGGAGGGAGAUGAACAUAGAUGAGUCCUUCAAGAAGCCAGGAUCCAUUCCAUUCAAGUGGGAGAUCCAGCCAGGCAUUCCUAAGCCUCAACCUUCCCCCACCACCACCCCCUUACCGCUGCCACCGAAGCUCAGGUCAUGUCCUUCCAUGCUCCAAUCUCAAUCCUCCAACCUUCUCUCCCCCUCUGCCUUCACUCCUCAGGCAUUCCCCUCUCAAGGUUGCUUCGCCAUCCCAUUAGUCAAGCGCAGAGAUGACAAGAAGGGUGUCGAACCAAUCGCAUGGUUGCAGCGUCGCUCCAUGUCUCCUCGCUUUACUCCUCUCUUCUCGUCCCCCUCCGGCAAGUCCAUGCAGGGGAAUCGCUCCAUGUCUGCUCGCUUUACGCCUCUCUUCUCUUCUCCCUUCGGCAAGUCCAUGCAAGCGAAUCACUCCAUGUCUGCUCGCUUUGCUCCUCUCUUCUCGUCUCCCUUCGGCAAGUCCAUGCAGGCAAAGGAUGACAUCAAGUUGGACACCUACACUGGCUCUUCUGGAGUAGCUUGCAACAAUGGCAGUAUAUAGAUGUAUGUAAGAAUUAACAUCGAUGAAAUCGAUGCCUCGUAGCAGGACUGAAUAAUCUGAAAAGAAGACAUCAUCAAGAUCUUCACAGGAAGAUGGAGUUGGAUUGGUAGCUCUACCAAUUAGCUGAUCACGUAGUAGCAAUUCAAGAAAUGAGUGCUUGAAACAAAGGUAACGUGUAAGAAGUUAUGAAUAUAAGCAUGAAGGUUGCUGUAUGAUUGAACUUAAAGUCUCUCUCUCUCUAUGUACCAAAGUUCAUUCCGAUUUAUUUUCUUAUCUGAGUGUCA